CAGAUUUUCUGCCUCUCCCACCUCCACUACUCAUCUUCACUCGACUGUUGUCCAUCUUCCGCAAAUAUGCCCCGCCCGACACUCCGCGCCCUGUGCUGAAAGACUCCUAAUAGAUUGAUCUUGAUCUAUUGAUGUCACUGCUAGCUAGUGGAUGAUCUGCUAACUUGACUCAGCAAGCCACUAGCUGCUCGCGCUGUCUCCCAAUGGCGGUCGUCAUGAACGACUCCUUCCAACAACUGCUCCAUGCUGCUACUGAGCCCGACUUCCAGCCACCCGAUGCUGCAGUUCUGUCAGCCUUUGGUAUUAUCGGUUCGGGCUCGGACAGCGGUGGAGAGGUAACUCAGGGCAGGCUGGAGACUGCCACUGUCCGGAGGCGCCCUGCUCCUAGAGGCACAGCUGCCUAUCCGCGAAAACGAGCGAAUAGAGCCUGUCAGGUUUGUAGGGCACGCAGAACAAAAUGCGACAAUAAAAAGCCGUCAUGCUCAUUCUGUGAGAAAGUCGGAGCCAAGUGCAUCACGACUCCGACUGAUUUAUCCUCGUUUGACCCUGCAAGCCUGGCAAUCUUAGACCGUCUAGAGCAGCUGGAACAGCUGAUUCGUGAAAAAUCAACGGUAUCAAACUCGCAGCUGCCACCCCCGCCUCCUGCUCCAGCUCCGGUUGAAGAGUUUACCUUGAGCUACGGAUCUCCAGCUCCUGAUUUGCAUUUCGGGCCUGAUUUUAGUACAGUCACGAUUGAGACGGUACUCGCCUGGGAUGUCUUUCGUGGUCGUUUUAAUUCCCAACUAGAUCUGAAAUCUCUCCUCAGGGACGUUGAAUCGCCACCAUCCCCCAACACCUCUCCAGUAGGGGAGACGAUCCCCUUAAUUAAUAGCCUGGAGCUGGGCUCCUGCAACAGGCUGCUUGACAGCUUCUUGGUACGGGUUCAUAUUGCUAACCCAAUCCUGGAUAUUGGGCUGGCCCGCGGAUAUAUGAAUCACGCUUGUAUCCAUGGGGUUGGCUGGGACGCUCAAUCCUGUCUGGUGCUUCUUGUUUGCGCGCUAGGAUCCAUUGCAGAGGCAUUCCAUGAUGUACAUGGACAUACCUCUCUUAUGACACGGAACUCCCCUAGUUUUACCCUUGCUAGGGUAUUUUUCGAGGCCUCACAAAAGCGUAUCGGUUUACUUUUACGUGGCAGCGGAGUCUUGGAGGCACAAUGCUUUUUCUACUCUGGUGUAUAUCUUAUGACCAUUCAGCAGCCUAUGGAUGCAUGGAAACAUUUUGUUCAAGCUGCCGCGAUUUCGCAGGGAUUCGACUUUCCCAAGAAGCCUUUUAUGGCUGAGCUGCUAACCGAUGAGGAUCUACGGAGGGAGCGAGCUGCUCAAGAGAGCAUUUAUUGGACUUGUUUCAAGUCCGAGCUUGAGGUUCGUAUGGAGCUCUCUUUACCAGGUUUCGGCCUGCAGGAUCUAUCCUAUCCCAGUUCGUUUCCCAGCCCACCAUCAGAUGACCUGGGGCAAGACUCUGCACACGCAUGGUAUUAUUACCUCGCAGAAAUCGCUUUGCGUCGACUUGCAAACCGCAUAUUGUACAACCUCUUCCGAAAUCAGGAUAAUGGUCGAUUUCCUAGGAUUAUUGAGUUGGUGGAGUCGACCGCCGCUUUCGAAGCGCAGGCUGCUGAUUGGAUGGCAUCACUCCCGCCAGUUUUCUCUCUACAAACUCCCGAGGAAGAAGAUGACGUGCUCAAAUUUGUUCUUCGUGGCCAUCUUCUCGAUUGCUACGAGUGGAUGUAUUUCCCAUUCAUGGCCGAAACGAUUAACUUUGGGCGUCGCGGACCAAUUCUUGACGAAUAUACGCGUAAGGGACUACAGAUGUGUGCUGACAGAAUUCGCAAAAAUGAGCCUGGUUUCCAGCACCGACACCACGGUGCAUGGUUAAUGCUGCGCACAUGCACACGAAGUGCUUUGAUUCUCCUUGCAGCCUGCCAUAGCCAGAUGGUGCAAGACCUGAUGCCAGAAGGCUGGAAGGAGGCAGUUGUCAGCGCCAUGGGUAUGCUGCAAUUCUGGGAAGACGAAGUUGGUGAUGCUCGCGAUCGUCUUCAUAUCCUUACCGUCUUGAUGACGGAGUUAGGCUGGCAAUAGGCUAGCAAUGAUAACACGAGAAAACAGAGAGAAGAGGUACAAUUAUUUGGACGAAAAUCCGGGAGGAUGAACUUAUGGCUGAAAAAACCGUGAUAUUAUUUUAGCAUUUCUUGAUCUUGCAUUUUGAGCGACAAACAGAUCUGCUGGGUCAGGUCAACCCUUUUCCAUGUACGGACCUGUAUACUAUAUGUAUUUAUUUUAUUUUCACUCUACUUGUCGUCUCAACACAUUUAGCUUGUUUAUCGACGAAACUCAG